UUCCGCCCACGUGUUUUCAUUACUAUUUCAUACGGUGACCUAAUUUUGGUUAUGGGCUAUUCAUUUGUUGGCCCAUAAUGCAUUGCAAGGCAGGCAAAUGUUGGAAUUAUUAGUUUAAGGGAAACUUAGCUCCCAAGUAUGGCAACAUUGUUUGGCGAGAUCAGCCAGCAGCUGGACUUCACCAGCUGUGGAGAGGAGGGGAGUAGCAGUGACAACAGCUCCGAUGACUGCGCCUUCAGGAUCCACAGCCCCAGGAUCCACAGCCCCAGGAUCCACAGUCCUGGCUCUGUGUGCAGGACACCCAGGGGGCAACAACACCGCAGUAGAAGCAACACCGUGUGUUCCCCUUUAGAGUGCACCAGCCCGAUACCUUACGCCUCCUGGAGUAAACUGAGGCUCUGUGACUCUCCCAGCACACCCAAGAGCCUUCUAUCGAAGUCGUCCCAGCCUUGCUCCAGCACUAAGAUCGUCCGCCCUCAGCGGACUCUGUGCUUCGCCUCAGUUUCUGCCGCUAACCUCAUCCAGGCACCGUUUGUGAACGUGAAUCCUUUCACCCCGGAGACCGUCCGCAGGAACAGCGCGCAGCAGUGGAAUAACCGCUGUAGGAGUGACAAUGAUGACGAUUAUGGACGCAGGUUGAAGCACGGCCUAACGUCAUCUGAAGAGGAUGACGAAGCCUUUCUCCCAUCGAAGCGGCGAGCUGUCCAAGCCUUCAUGCUGUCGCGCUAUGAGAGUGAGUUCCUGGAGCUGGAGUGCAUUGGUGUGGGCGAGUUUGGGGCCGUUUAUAAGUGUGUGAAGAGGCUGGAUGGUUGCUUGUACGCCAUAAAGCGCUCCCGCCGUCCCCUGGCAGGCUCCACCAAUGAGCAGCUGGCCCUAAAGGAAGUGUACGCGCAUGCCGUUCUUGGGCACCACCCACAUGUUGUUCGCUAUUAUUCAGCUUGGGCAGAGGACGAUCACAUGAUUAUUCAGAAUGAAUACUGUGACGGUGGAAGCCUCAGUGAUGUCAUUGUGAUGAAGAAGGUGCAGGACGAGCUAUUUUCAGAGGCCCAGUUGAAAGAGCUGCUCUUACAAGUGUCUUUGGGGCUCAAAUACAUCCACAGCUUGGGCCUCGUACACCUGGAUAUCAAACCAAGUAAUAUAUUCUUUUGUCAGCGUCCCAGCACAAGUGCAGCGGAUGAAGGGGAGAGUGAGGAGGAGGAUGACCGAAGUGCUUCAGCAGGAGUCAUUUACAAAAUUGGGGAUCUGGGUCAUGUGACUUCAACCCGCAGUCCUCGAGUUGAGGAAGGGGACAGCCGCUUUCUGGCCAGAGAGGUCCUGCAUGAGGAGUACAGCCACCUGCCAAAGGCGGACAUCUUCGCUCUGGGCCUUACGAUCCUGCUGGCAGCCGGUGCUCCUCCUCUUCCUCAAAAUGGAGAUGAGUGGCACAGGCUUAGAGAGGGGAAGCUCCCCAAACUGCCAAAGGAGCUAUCGCCUCCCUUCCGAGGCCUACUUCAGCUCUUGCUGGACCCAGACCUGACGAAGCGGCCCUCUGCCAGGGAGCUGUGCAAACACACGGUCUUGCGGGAGGAGAGGACUGGGAGGGUGGCGGCUCAGCUACGCAGAGAGCUCAAUGUAGAGAAGUUCAGGACAGCAAUGCUCGAAAAAGAGCUCCAGGAGGCUCGUCAGGCAGUUUUGUCGCCCCAGCAGCUCCUCGGUCCUGGGCUGAAACGUGCCACGAUGGGGUCCCUACCCAGAGCUGGAAGGAGGCUUGUUGGCGGGAAGACGGCGCGAUCCAUGAGCUUCGGUUGCUCAGGGUAUGGCGUCUGACGGGACGUCACGACACCCACGUGCCUGUCCUUUGCUCGGAUGAUACGUGACUCCUUCUGCAGCCAGGCUGUGGUAAACAUUUUUAAAUGAGGUCUCUCGCAGACAUAACGGGAUUGAAAGACCUAAUAAUCUUCAGUGAUGCAGAGCUGUGGUUUGUGUUUUUAAAGGACUCAUCUGACUCACUCGUACUCCUUUCAAUUGAUUAUCUGGCAGAGGCAAGAUGUGACUGCUGCAGACCAAUGUUCUUUUAAAAAAAUGUAAAUAAAAUUUUAAAGCAUUUUA